UGGAAUAAACAACGAUGGCAUGUCAUCCUCAGUGUGAACAAGUGGUUGGGUUUAAAGAAAUUACGUUGCCGAAUAUCGCGAUACGUUUACAGCCAAGGCGAACUGAUAUUUAAUGGCCAUGCAAAGACAGAUUUUGACGAACGAGAUUGGCAAAUCAUGUUCGUUCUAAGCAAUGGAAAGGAUCCUUUGCUGGUUAUCGAUAACAUUCUUGAUGGAACAUAUGACGAUGAAAUUACGGAAUUCCUUUAA